GUCGUUAAUAAUGGAGUACUUUGAUCGAGUUUGUGGAGCGCAGAACACAGCUUCACUGGAGAUAUUUACCCAGCUCAUGGCUGGGUUCGGUUUCCCUCCCGAUCAAGCCCCUGACUUCUUCAGAGCGUUUGACAUAAAGAAGGAUAACGAGAUAACAAGCCAGGAGUUUAUAUUGGGGCUCGCUGCAAUGGAUCCUAAUACACCACACGGCAGCUCUUCUGCGGAAAUGAGGUGCCGAUACAUAUUCCGAUACUACGACAAGAAUUUGGAUGGUAAACUUGACUUCACGGAAUUCUGCCACAUGGUCGGUGAUAUUCAGAGAUUGAAGAAUCCCGACAUUUCUACUGAAGGGAUCCACGAAGAAGCCGUUCAACUAGCCAAAGUGUUCAGCUCGGAGGAUAAGUCUUCCUUGUACCUCACUGAAUUCUUGACAGCGGUUGGUAUGCUGAAGUUCAGGGGAACGAGCUCCCUCUUCCGACUACAGAAAUCUGCCGUUAAAUAUGACGCAGUCAGAAGUCCACAAGCCCCAGUAACGCAGAAAAAUGACGAGGAAGCGAAGGAUAUGAAUGUGGAAGGAAUGACAUUUUCAGCAAAUGACGUCAAUGACAACGUCAAACCAGGAGAUCCGCAAUAUGAGUUGGCCAUGCACACGGUUAAAGUAAGAAGAACGGGCACAAUCAGCGACGUAGCAGUUCUCUGGGACAGUGACCAAGUCAAGAAUCUGGCCAUGACUCUCAGCUCCGCACAACUGUGCCGCGCUAACGAGGAAGCUAAACAGAAGGACGGUAAUCUCUAUAACACUCUCGUUAUCGACAGAAGCCACUCAGUCGAUACAUUUAAUGAGCACUCCAACCCUAACGAGAUGUUGUCGGGCCUGCGGUACUUUGAGAGACACAUCAAGAGUGACCCAAAUAACCAGGGGAUACCCAAAUCUGCCUUCAGCUGGGGGUGUGUGGACCCCAACCUUCUGGGAACUUGCAUGCUUAGUAUCGCCGAACAGGUACAAAAAGUGUUUGUGACGGAGCCGCGUCUGCUCAACCUUACCAGUCCUACAUACACUGGGGAUGUUCACGGCAACUUCCACGACCUUGUAGCCUUUGAAAAGGUGUUAUGGAGGAUGGGUCCAGUGCUGACCCCCAGUAACUUCUUAUUCCUGGGUGACUACGUCGACAGAGGAGAUUAUGGGUUAGAAGUGGUCGCUUACCUUUUUGCUCAGAAACUGAUCGCUCCUCAGAAAUUCUUUCUUAUCAGAGGCAACCACGAAGUGAGGAAUAUUCAGCAGAUGUUUACUUUCAAAUCAGAGUGCUUAUCAAAGUUUGGAGAUAUCAUGGGAGAGAAAGUGUGGGAGGCUGUCAACAAGUGUUUUGACGCUCUACCCUUGGCGGCAGUUAUAGAUGAUAAGAUAUUUUGCGUACACGGAGGUAUACCCUCUCCUGAGAAUGGUGGUGGGUAUUUGUCCGUGUUCGAGGACAUUCCUCACGAUCUUCCUAACCCUGAGAAGGAAUCCAGGCUGGCUUGGGAGGUGAUGUGGUCAGAUCCUCUGAGAGAGGAUGAACUUGAUACACAAACUAAAGAGGAAGUAAAAGACUCUGGAGGUUUUAAUCGCAAACCAUCGGCGAGGAACGGCCUACCUUUUCUCUCGAGAGGCUUAGAAGCAUUUCUGAAGAGAAAUAAACUCUCUCAUGUAAUCAGAGCACACGAGGUUAAACAGGCAGGCUUCCA